AUGCAGGUUUUAGUGGAUCACUGCUUGGGCCUUCCAGAAGAUGCCAUCGUCUCCGUUCGCUGUGGCGGGAUGCGCCGGCAGGCUCCACUUGAGACACUCGUCACGCAGCCGCUCAAGUUUCCUGCAACCCUGGACGGGGUGUCGGAGCCUUUGAAAAUUGACGUGCUGCAGCCGAUUGCCACAACGCGGUUGGUUCUGCAUCCGCACGAAGAGCUCUACAGUAUCGGCUUCGAGGAGUCCACUGAGAUGGUGAUUGGCCUCAGGAUGCAGUCACAGGACAGCCAGGCAGAAAAUGGCUCGGCCCCUUCAGGCCAGGAAAGCACGGGCCCGAAUUUCAAGGAUGCCGCUGCUUCGGCAAAGGAUUACCUGGAGCAGCACGGCCUCUUGAGAUAUGUGCAGUCCUUGCUUCAUGCGGUCAUCCAAGUAAGACCUCGGGAUCCCUAUGCGUACAUGAUCGAGCAGCUCAGUGCCGCUCAGAGUAAGACCCGAACGCUGGAGAAGCUGGUGUCCAGGCCGGGCAGUGCUUUGCCCGAGAGGGCGAGGACGCCCGUGCCACCACGAGAGCCUCCGCCCAGCUGCUCGCCCACAAGGCCUCGGCCUCCCACGGAGCUCCUGCACGUCGGGGCCGCCGCAGCAGCCGCUGCCACAACCUCGACCGCUCCCAAGGAGGCCGAGAGCGCGCCCUUGACGGGCUCCACCCGGGCCGGGGCCGAGUCCGAGGAGGGACACAGCCGGCCCGUCCGGUUGCCUGAAGAGGCGCCGGCUUUGCCGGCUUUGCCGCCUUUGCCGCCUUUGCCUUUGCCCAGCCUUCCAACAGCUUCGACUUCAGAGGAUCUGCGGCUUCUUCUCAAAAACAAGCUGGAGGAAGCUUACAAUUCUGGGAGGCUGGAAGACGUGGUGGCAAACGCUGUGGCAUCGCCUCCCCCUCUGGCCACGGCACACCAGCCAGCUGAAACCAAGGAGACAGAGGUUCUAGAAGAGAGCUCGGGGCCGACCCGAGAACUUGAUGCCUUCUCUUGCCUGAAGGGCAACUUGAAAUCGGUCCUUUUCGAUUCCAUGGACACAGGCGCACUGCAGAACACGCUCGCAGCUGUCGCGGAAAGCCAGAAGACUCUAAAGAUCAGCGAAGACCUCGACAAAGUCGCAGCCAUUAAGACGAAGCUGCGGGCGCACCUGCUCGAAGCUGUCUCGUCUGGUGCUUUGGGACCUGUGCUGCAAUCCUAUGCUAAGCCACUCCCGGCCCCGAAGCCGAGCGCGACUUCGAAGCAGCCCCAAGAGGAGAGCGUGCAGGAUUUGAGGCAGAAGAUGAGGGAUUUGCUGCAGGAGAGCGUCUCCACUGGCAGCCUGCAAGAAGCCCUGGACCAUCUCUCGCUGACGAAGCAACUCCCAGAGCCUGCAGCAACCUCACAGACUGCGAGUACUGGUAGUGCACCUGAGAAGAGUGCAAAGAAGGCUGGCGAGGACAGGACGCGGCUUAAGGCACGGGAGGAAGAGAAAAUGAAAAGCGACGUCUUCCAGCUUAAGGCUCAGAUGCUGGCGCGGGCAGAGACGGCCCUCGAUUCAGGGGAGCUGCUGGGCAUCCUCCAAAGCCUCCGAAAGGACCAGGACCAGCCCGGGCCCAGCCAAGUCAGGAACUCGGCAGACCAGGACCAGGCCAAGCGUACACAGGGCAAAUCAGAUUCAAGUUCACAAAAGACUGAAGUGGAAAAGGCCACCGAUUCCCGCGACGAUCUCUUCACGCUCAAAGGACAAAUACUUGCGCAGACAGAGGCGGCCCUGGAUUCCGGUGAGCUGGAGAGCAUCCUGGAAAGCCUCCGGCAGCCUACCGCGAAGCAGCAGCCCAGCCCCAGUGCACAACAAAAAGCCAAAGCGGAUCAGGACAGGGGAAGGCUUACCCAUGAUGAGGCAAAUUCAGGUGCACACGAGAAAGAGGGAAGAGACCAGGACUUCGGAAACGACCUCUUCAAGCUGAAGGCUCAGCUGCUCACACGGGCAGAGAAGGCCCUCGAUUCCGGUGAGCUGGCGGGCAUCCUGCAAAGCCUCCGAAAGGACCAGGGCGAGCCAGGCGAGCUGGCGGUGAUCAAGAAGAAGCUUCGAGGUCUCCUGGAGGAUGCCGCAGAGUCUGGGAAGCUUCAGGGAACGCUGCAGCACCUUCAACUGGGCGAGGAACCUUUGAGCACUGGUGACGUGUUGGACCUGAAGUCACUGCAUGCCGAACUCACAGUGAUGAAGCAGGAAAAGGUAACAUUAAGCCAGACGGUGAAUCAGCUCACGGCUGAGAUGGACGUGCUCAAGAAGGAGAACGACGACCUUGCCAGAAUGCUGAGCGGCCUGAUGAAGGAAUGA